AUAUAAUAAACGAUCCCUUAACAUGGCGUCAACAUGCGGUAACAGCUUAGUGACUGAAAUACAGGGAACUCACUAAGUUUCAUGUCUUGAUAGGAAAAGAACAAGAAAAUACACACCUAAAGGACCAGGAAAAAAACAAAACAAAUCCGAUUGUAGAAAGUAUACAGAAGAAGCUACAGUUUUAACGAAAAUGAAGCUCACACAGACGUUAUGCAAGCAACGUAUGCCAUUAGCAUGGCGGCGUAUAUGGGGAAGCAAAGGCGGUCAGUUCGCAGACAAUCCACCAUUGAUUCUCCAGUCACUUGUCGAGAAAGGUACAAAACUUAUAGACCCAACAGAAAAACCCCCACUUGCUAAAUGGCGUCCUCCAGUAGACGAUCCUCGGUUCUACCAGCAUCCCAAACCAGAGGAUUUAGCUAACUACCAUGAAGAACCUGCAUAUAUCUGCACUCCAGCAUGCCGCAUCUAUGAAGGUACGAAGCAGGCAGCGUGUCUAGCCAAAGCUCAAAUAUUUGAAGGAUUCCCUCCUGUGGUAAAGCAGCUGAUAGGUGCUGUUCAAAUUCCUGACAAGGACAUGCUAUUACAAAGAUACAUCAUGCAAUCCCAAUACUGGAAUACCACUUCAAAGAAACUUCCAAAACGCAUAGAUCCACGAAAGCCAGGUUAUGUAUUUCGGCGUCAGUAUGGGAUUCCAUCCAAGAUGCAGGGAGAAAUCCUGGCUCGCAACUUGUUACGUCUUUGCCAGUCGCAGGUGUCAAAUUUUCCCAGCCUCAGAGACCGGCGCCAUAUCUACAAACCCUAUAUUAAUUCUCAUUACUAUUACAGAGACAAAGCUGUCGUUGUUCGAGGAUUAAACGACUGGUUGAUUUCAUCAAACCAACCCUUACCACACUUUGCCGAUGAAGCAGUGAUAGACAUGAGUGUGAAUCAUUCACUUCCUGACUUGUUCCCGAUAUCUCCCACCAUUGACUUGCUUGUUGAGCAUAACUACGAAUUGGAACACAACACAGGUAUGAAAACAGGCGGGAAUCAUGAUCACCUGCAUACUCUUGUGAUUGUUGAUGCCAACCGUUUGAAGAGUGACCAACGCAUGGCUCGUAAUCUCCUACAUUGUCUCGCAUAUGCGAUAGCACAGGCACAUCGGCUAUAUGGGAAUGUCAAGGUCCUCCCAAAGCCCAUCUGCAUCCAGAGUGUCUCAAUGGACCACGAAAUGUUCAGCUUUGUUUUCUUCCAGCUCAACACUUUGUCCUUUGAUUCAGACAAUGGCAUCAAGAAUUUUGCAUGGAUCGAUGGCGAGAACUACCUUUUCCGCAAAAUCCUCUCUCAGCCAUGGAUGCCAAAGGCCAUCCGAUUUGAAAGACUUGAGGACUUUGAUCCAAACGUAUUUGACAAAUUUAUGGCGAUGUAUUUAAAUGGAGUGCCAGAAGUAGGAAAAAGUGGUAAAUAACAUAGCCAUGUAAGUCUUCACAACAAUAGUUACCUGGCCUUUUGUAUGUUUGUAUCACAAUGGAUUCAUAGAGCAUUUUCCAGAUGUAACAGUUUUGAAAACAUGCCAUAGGCUUUUAAAACUAACCUGGAUAGUAAAAUUGAGUAUGCCUCUGAACUUUUAUGUGAGCAUCAUCAAGUGUGUGGACCUCGAUUGUUCUUAAGCUCUGUUUAUUUCCAUAGCCUAUGCAUCAGAAUGUCACAGGGUUACAUAUUUUGUUACUUGUGUCUUCUGGGGCAACUCUCAUGAAAUUCUAAUAAAGGAUUGAAGUAUGUAA